AUGGCGCAUCUAACAAAACCAACCGCCUUCCGCUCCCCGCUCGCCACUCUCCUCGCCCUCCUUCUCUUCCUCACCCCACAAGUCCUCGCCGUAUCCGCCGUCGUCGGCAUCGACCUCGGCACCGAAUACAUCAAGGCCGCGCUCGUCAAGCCGGGCAUCCCACUCGAGAUUGUCCUGACCAAAGACUCGCGCCGCAAGGAAAUCUCCGCCGUGACCUUCAAGCCCUCCGCUCACGGACCCAAAAAGGGCUCUUUCCCCGAACGCGCCUACGGCUCCGACGCCCUCGCUCUCGCGCCCCGCUUCCCCGGCGAUGUCUACCCCAACCUCAAGGCCCUCCUGGGCCUGCCCGCCGAGAGCGCCGAGGUGAAGGAGUACGCCGCCCGGCACCCCGCCCUGCAGGUCGUGCGUCACAAGGUCAAGGGCACGGCGGCGUUUCAGAGUGCCGGCGCGUUCACCGCCGAGGAGGAGGCCUGGUUGGUGGAGGAGUUGUUGGCGAUGGAGCUGCAGAGCAUUCGUGGAAAUGCGGAGGAGCUGGCGGGUCCGGGUAGCCCCGUGCGCUCGGCCGUGUUGACUGUGCCGACUUACUACACGGCUGAGGAGAAGCGCGCGGUGGAGCUGGCGGCCGAGUUGGCUGGGCUGAAGGUGCUGUCGCUGAUUAGUGAUGGUAUGGCUGUGGGUCUGCACUACGCGACUAGCCGGCAGUUCCCCAACGUCAAUGAGGGCGGGAAGCCUGAGCACCACAUGAGCCGCAAUGUUAAGGACGUGGGCAAGUUCAACAAGACGGUGCAGGAAGUGCAGGUGCUCGGGAGCGGCUGGGACAGGACCCUCGGUGGCGACGCCCUGAACUAUCUGAUCGUGGAUGACAUGAUUGCGCAAUCACCCGCGCUGAGUUUGAGGAGAUGGCCGCCGUACACGCCGAGCGCGUCGCCGUGGCCGUCCAGAACGCCCUUACCGCGGCUGUGCAUCGAGUUGAAGGACCUCGACUCCGUCAUCCUCCACGGCGGCGCCUCGCGCACCCCGUUCGUUCAAAAGGAGCUCGAGAAGGUGUUUGGUGCCAAUAAGCUCCGCACCAACGUCAACUCGGACGAGGCUGCCGUGUUCGGUGCCGGCUUCCGCGGGGCCGAGCUCAGCCCCAGCUUCCGCGUCAAGGAGAUCCGCCUUUCCGAGGGCGCCACCUACCCUGCCGGCAUCAAGUGGAAGACGGACGAAGGCAAGGAGAAGCAGCAGCGUCUGUGGACCGCCACGUCGCACAUCGGCGGGCCCGCCAAAGAGGUCACCUUCUCUAACCAGGAGGACUUCUCCGUCACCUUCUACCAGACGGUUCCCGCGCCCGCGUCAGAUACUGGCUCGGUCGACGCUGAGACCAAGCUGCUUACCACCAAGAACCUGACCGCGUCGGUGGCUGAGCUUGUCGAGAAGCACAAGUGCGAAAAGGCCGACAUCAAGCUGAAGAUGGCCACCCGUCUGGCUGGCGAGAACGGCGAGGUGGACGUUACCAAGGUUACGGUGGAGUGUGAGACCGACGCCAAGGAGACUUUCGUCGAUGGCGUGAAGAACCUGUUUGGUUUUGGCAAGAAGGAACAGCAGCCGCUCAAGGACGGCGAGUCAUCUGAGGAGACCGAGGCUGAGACCUCAUCUACCGCCGAGAACUCGACUACUUCUACCUCUACAAGCACCGCCUCGGAAGCUUCUGCCUCCGAGUCUGCCGAUGCCAAGCCUGCCAUCGCCAAGAAGGAACUCGUCGUCAUCCCCGUCCAGUUCACUCUGGAGAAGGCCGGUGUGCCCCAGCUGUCCAAGGCUGACACCAUCGCCCUCAAGGACCGCCUCAAGGCCUUUGAGGCUUCCGAUCGCGCACGGAGACAGCGCGAGGAGGCGCUGAACCAGCUUGAGGCCUACACUUACUCUGUGCGGGAUAUCCUUGGAAGGGAGGACUUCAUCAGCCACUCGACCGCCGAGGAACGCGCCACCCUAGAGACCAAGAACAACGACGCGAGCGACUGGCUCUACGGCGACGGCGCCGACGCCACCAAGGAGGAGCUCAAGUCCAAGCUCAAGGAGCUGCAGGCCAUCGUGGUCCCCGUCCAGAAGCGCAUCGACGAGACCGCCAAGCGCCCCGAGGUCCUUAAGGGACUCCAGGAUGCGCUCAAGGCCACCAGCGAUCUGCUUCUGCCGACAGCGCCACCGACUCCACCACUGGCCGCUCCCUCCGCCCCGUCUGGCGACUUUGACGGCCUCGAAGACGAGGAAACCACGGCCACCACCACGGCGACCGCCAUGGAGGACGUCCUCAAGGAGCGCGGGCCAGUGCCCCCGCUGUACACGCUUGAGGACCUCAAGGCCAGCGAGGACCUGUACACGUCCAUCUCGGCCUGGCUCGAGGAGAAGAUCCCCGCGCAGGAGAAACUGGGCGCCACCGACGACCCGGUGCUGCUGGUCAAGGACCUGACGGACCGGCGCGACAAGCUGGACAAGGCGGGGAUGGAGCUGGCCAUGAAGGGCGUGCGCAACUUUGAAAAGCGCAAGACGGGCGACGACAAGAAGGCCAAGAAGGAGAAGAAGGACAAGAAGAAGGCCAAGUCCACCGCCGCCAAGCCCGCCAAGCCCGCCCAGACGCUGAAGGUCGGCGAGGAUGGCCAGAUGCCCUCGCAGGAGGAGCUCGAGGAGAUGCUGAAGGAGUUUAUGAAGGAAAAUGGCGAUGCUGAGGGGCAGCAGAAGCAGGAGCAGGGGACGGAGCAGGAGGCCGAGAAGCAGACCGAGGAGAAGAAGGAGGAGGGGCAUGAUGAGCUGUAG